CUUGCUACUCAUGAAAGAAUUAAACAUCGAAAUAACAAAAUUAUACCUCACCGCUAUUUACUUAUUCAACCUCCUAUUGAGCAAAUCACAUUUUAUCAAGAUGUAUUUAUAGUUCUUAUUAAAAAGCGUCUUGGUUUUAAUAGUCCUGUGCAAUGGAGGUAUUCUUGUCUAUUUCGGGGUGAGGCUGGUGAACAAAGACUAAAACAGUUAGUAAAUUAUGACUACUGUUGGUCACAAUCUGAAUUAAAAGAGAAUGGUCGUAUUUUUCAAUGUAGCACUGUCACUUGUAAAUUUGUAGCAGAUUCAAGAGAAUUCUCUGAAUGGUAUGAAUUAGAAUAUGGUACAAAUCACAUUACUUCACAGUCAUCAAAUCAUAUUACUUCACAAGAACCAAAUCAAACUACUUCGCAAGCAUCAAAUUAUACUACUCCACAAGAACCAAAACAAACUACUUCGCAAGCGUCAAAUCUACAUAAUAUUGAUUCACACAAGAAUUCCCAAAAUAAUAUGAAAUCAGCUCAAAGAAACUAUAG